AAAAAAUCUCAUCCCUUUCCUUUCCUUUUCUUUGUGAGUUAGAAGGAAGAAGAGAAACAGCAAGGAAAGGUCCUCUCUCUAACGAAUUAGCAAUGUCACAGUUUGCUUCUUGACACUACUUCGCUUCUCUCUGCUUGGAGCAAUAGGAAGAAGAAGAAGAAGUAGUUGCAGAGAGGAGAGAGAGAGAGAGAGAAAGAGAUAAGUAAGGCAAUGGAGUCGGCACUUAAUAGGGUUAUUAAUGAGAAGGAAUCAAUGGUCGAUCCCUUCUUAGUCGAGGCUCUCCACAACCCAUCUCAUCGUCUCACCAUUUUAAGGAUGGAACAUGAUAUCCAGAGGUUUCUACAAAUCCCUGAUCAACAACAAUUCGAAUUCCAACAUUUCCCCACUUCCUACCUUAGGCUUGCGGCACACCGUGUUGCUCAACACUAUGGGCUGAUAACCAUGGUACAGGAUUAUGGCUAUGAUGGUCUGGUAAAUAAAAUUCUGGUGAAGAAAACAGCAGAAAGCAGAUAUCCUGCUGUGUGUUUGUGUGAAAUUCCUGCUAAGCAGUUGGAAAGAGAUAAACCUGAGCAGGUCAAGAUUGUCAUUAGGCCCCGGCCUAAUAAAGGGUCUAUAAAUGAAUGUAAUGAAUUUGGAGUCAAACAAAGUCCUGUGAGAAGUGUGGAAGAGAGAAAGGAAGAGUAUGAUAGAGCACGAGCUCGCAUCUUCAGCAGCCCUUGCAGUCCCAGCUCAGAUGAUAUAGUAUCUCAUGCAUCUAUAGAUGGAAAAAGCACAAGUCCAAGCGAGGAUGAGAAUGAAGGUUGCAGAAACUCUGCAAGUGAUCCAGAAAAGAAUAUAUACCCUAGGGACGGUGCAGCACCACGAGUUGCUAUUUUCAGAGAUAGGGAGAAAGAUCGUACUGACCCAGAUUAUGAUCGGAGUUAUGACAGGUAUAGGAGCCUUCCGUCCAAUCAGGGCUUCAACAUGGCACCAUUCAAUUUGCAGAAGAUUCAACUUCCUUAUGUUCAGUAUGAUACUGGAUUUCCUCAGUUGGGUCAGAUGCCAAGGACUCAAAAUGCUCUUAGCCACCAACCUGCUGCAAACCCAGUUAUGAGUCCCUUCGGUGCCAUGGGUUCAAAUCAAGCACCACGAGAUACUGCAUAUGUGCAAUGGCCAAGCACUGCAAUGAUGUAUACACAUUCAUAUGAGCAAUUUAGACAUGCUGUCUUCCAGGCUCCUUUCUCUCAGCAACCUCUAAGUUUUGGUUAUGCUCAAAACCAUUAAAUGUCAGCUAGAUGGAUGGGAAUUGUGUCACUUGAUUUACCUGCAGUUCUUUUUUAUUUUCCCCUAUACUUUCUAUCUAGUGUUUGGUAGGAUUACUGUAGGGUUGUGUUGUGUUUGUGUUGCAAACCAGUUGUUGCAGUUAUAGUUGAUGGUUUCUGCUUGCUCCUUGCUUCUUGUUGUGGAUCAUUACAUGUUUGCAGUAUUAUAAUUGUUUGCUAUGCUAGUUA